AUGUGUUGGAUAUUGCAGACCGCAGUAUUAUGGGACCCCCCCUGGGACAGGGCCAGCCGCCGGGGGGAUGCAAGUUCACCCGCCCCCCCUGGCAACCCCCGGCUGGGCCUCAGGGCCCCACAAACUUCCUGCACGGCCCGACCCCCUGGAAUCCGAAUCAGCGCACCAUCAAUCUUGGCGGCUGGAAGAUAUCGCCAGCCUACUCUCGGGACGAAUAUGAUGCGUAGUGGCCAAGCGUUCGGCCGGCCAUCUGCACUCUGCUUGAUGCAUAGAAGUUACCUGAAAAGUAAAAAUCCCGAGGCUGGUGAUGUACCAAAGUAUGUUAAGCGGAAGGAGACUAAACAUUACAUCCCCUAGAAAAAAAGUUAAUGAAGUAAGAAAAAAAUAUGUAAUUAAAGAAGAAGUCACAGGAACGAUUGAUUUAUGUCCUCCUCUCUCCCCUCCCCCCCUACAUCAAGCAGAAUUUUCCUUGCCCCACUUUUGAACCUCCUCUUCCCCUUUACCUUUUUUUAUUUUUUUUUAUUUCUUUUUUAGAUAUUAUUGUUAUCCCCCCCCCCCUCCCCAUGAAAUUGAUAGGUGUUCCGGAAUUUAAGCCGUCACACUUACAGUUCUUCUUUUCUGAGGGAUGGUCUUGGAACAUUCCAUACUGACAAAUUACAAAGUAUUCUUUGCCCUAUUUUUUUUCUGUUUCUCUUUCUUUUUGGUGUGUUGUGUGUAGAUUUUUUGUCAUUGUUAUUUCGUCGACUAGAAGAAUGGAGCGAAGCAGAGUUACAAAGACCUAUUUAUUGCAACAUGAUAUCUCCAUGAAGGUGAUGUUGUUUGUUGUCUACAUUUAUAGAUGUAAUAAAAGUAGCAGGACUUAUA